GGCUUGUUGUUUACGUUGUCUGAAACCCUAAAUCUCACCGACCAAUUAUUCCGCACGAAAAAUAAAAAAUCUCAGGGUUGUCGAGCAUGAAGGAGGGCGCUGCCUAAAGGGCUCGAGUCCCAUGAGAAAAAGAUGCUCGUUAGAGCAACCCUACACCUCCUCCUCCAUCGGCGCACGUUAGCCCCUUCGAGUCUCCAUCCGGUCCGAUCGCCAUGUCGAGAUUUUUGACCUUAAAAAGCUUUAGAAAAGUAGCGAAUACGGUUGUUAAAAGCCCGAAACAGAGUUUUCCGGAAGCGGAAAAGUAUGGGACAAUUGUUAGAAUUGGCCUACAUCAUCCCCAGUACAGAUUCUACUGGGACUAUACGGUUCCUACUAGAGGACAUGCCACAUUCUCAUUGUACAAUACCACAAAGGGUUCUUACCGGAGUAAUUAUUGGAGUUUUUCUGUCAUUCCUGAAAGAAGUGCAGUGAGACAUCAUGCCCAACUUGCUUGGAAAAGGCUCUCCGAAAGAUUUUCCUCUAGUGGUCGUGGAUUCUCGCGUAUAAAUAAUUUUGCACAAGCUUUCAGCUUGGCUGUAACCCGUUCUAACCUGUUGCUUCCUGGUAUUUUUGCCUUCACAAGUGGGAAGCUAGCAUGGUCACAGAGGUCUUUGGCAGAAACGGAAUACCAACCACCAGGAAAUACUUUGUACAUGCGUGCACAGGAUGGACAUGCUUUUAUGACCUCAUUAGCGUUUGCAGUUUUAGAAGGUGCAAUCUUGAUAUUCAGAGCAGUCGCCCUAGGAAUCUUGUUCACACCCAGCAUAGUGAUGGCUGCAUUUGCUGACUGCUUUGGACCUGAGUUUAGGAAGUUGUGGCUUCAUGUUGUUCACCGAACAUUGGAAUUGGCAGGUCCAGCUUUCAUCAAAUGGGGUCAAUGGGCAGCUACACGGCCUGAUCUUCCGAGAGAUUUAUGCACUAAACUCUCUGAGCUUCACACCAAAGCUCCAGAACAUAGCUUUGCCUACACGAAGAAAACUAUCGAACGAGCGUUUGGACGCAAGCUGCCCGAGAUUUUUGACAAUUUUGAAGAGAAGCCAGUAGCAUCUGGAAGUAUUGCUCAAGUGCAUCGAGCUACUUUAAGAUUUAGAUACCCUGGUCAACAGAUGAAGCCCAUAGUAGUUGCAGUAAAGGUUAGACACCCCGGUGUUGGUGAAUCAAUUAGGAGAGAUUUUGCUAUAAUCAAUCUGGUUGCAAAAAUUUCAACUUUCAUUCCUGCUUUAAAGUGGUGGAGAUUGGAUGAAAGUGUGCAGCAGUUUGCAGUUUUUAUGAUGUCUCAAGUUGACCUAGCGAGGGAAGCUGCCCAUUUGAGCCGCUUUAUUUAUAAUUUCCGUAGAUGGAAGGAUGUCUCUUUCCCAAAGCCUGUGUAUCCACUUGUGCAUCCUGCUGUUUUGGUGGAGACUUAUGAACAAGGGGAAUGUGUCUCACACUAUGUUGAUGAUCUUGAAGGGCAUGAUCGGAUUAAAUCUGCACUUGCUCACAUCGGGACACAUGCACUUUUGAAGAUGCUCCUGGUGGACAACUUUAUUCAUGCGGACAUGCAUCCUGGAAAUAUCCUUGUCCGGGUGGCUCAGAACAAGUCUUCUAGGAAGAGACUCUUCAAAUCAAAGCCACAUGUCAUUUUCCUUGAUGUAGGCAUGACUGCUGAACUCUCUAAAAAUGAUAGAGUAAACUUAGUGGAUUUUUUCAAGGCGGUUGCUUGUCGUGAUGGGCGCACUGCUGCUGAGUGCACACUCAGACUAUCAAAGCAACAGAAAUGCCCUGACCCAAAGGCUUUCAUUGAGGAAGUGGAGGAGUCAUUUGCUUUCUGGGGUACUCCAGAAGGUGAUCCAGUCCAUCCUGCUGAGUGUAUUGAGCAGUUACUGGAGAAAGUUAGGCGUCACAGAGUCAAUGUUGAUGGCAAUGUCUGUACUGUCAUGGUAACAACUUUGGUACUUGAGGGAUGGCAGCGGAAACUCGACCCUGGGUACGAUGUGAUGCACACAUUGCAAACGCUACUUCUCAAAGCCGACUGGGCAAAGUCCGUUUCCUACACAAUUGAGGGGCUAAUGGCUCCAUAAGAAGGUCGUUGUCAGUGCUACUGCUACAAUUACAAAACCAAUUUUGACACUUUUGAAUCCCAAAAUAUACCAUUCCCAAGAAAAACGGACACAAAUGCUUGGAUCUUUAAUUUUAUUUCAUUUUAUUCAAUAUUUUGAAGGCUCAAUCCUUUGUGUAUUAUUUAGCUUGUUUUCGGCGAAAAACGUUUCCUGUUUUGAAGCCUGAAGCAAAAACAGUAGUGGAAAAAAUAGAGAAAUAAAGUGAAGAUGUAUUCUUUCCUGUACAGCUUGCAGUUUUACAAAUUAAUGCCUUCCUUGAGAUUAUUUA